CCAGAGUCGAAAUUUUCCAACCCCCAGCGGACUUUGAUUUUCUCACAAACUACACUCAACGAGAAAAACAGUCUGGCAAACAUGUCGGUGCUCACUCUGCCGUCUCCGCCAAAGUCCUGGGACUCCAACAAGGAAGCCGUUGUCCACACGGCCUUCUCGCCUUUCUACGAGCAGGCUAUCGAGCCCGUUGGUCGCCAAUUCCUCGCUGUUGCUCGUCGUCACAGGCACAAGAGGACGCUGUCGGAAGACGAAAACAUCGAGCAGGCUUUGGAGGAUGCCAAUGAUGGAGACGUCUCUAUGGAGGAGGACGAGCCUGAGACUCCUAGGUUGUUGAAGAGCGACCCGUUGAAGUGGAAGGAACAAGACCACUACGCUGUCUUGGGAUUGUCGAAGCACCGAUAUGCGGCGUCUGAGGAUGACAUAAAGAAGGCUUACCGCCGAAAGGUCCUGAAGCACCACCCCGACAAGAACCCUGACGGUUCGGACUCUUUCUUCAAAUGUAUCCAGAAGGCUUGGGAAGUUAUGAGCGACGUAACAAAGAGGAAGCAGUGGGACUCUGUAGACCCCAAGUUCGAUGACUCCAUUCCCAGCGCAAAAGCAAAGGGUGAUUUCUUCAAGCUCUACGCCCCUGUCUUCGAGAAGGAGGCCCGAUUCUCGAAAACACAACCUGUGCCAGGCGUUGGCACCAUGGAGUCUGACAGAGACGAAACCGAAGCCUUCUACAACUUCUGGUUCAACUUCGAUUCGUGGAGGACGUUCGAGAACCUGGACGAGGAGGACACGGAUGGCGUAGAAAGUCGUGAGGAGAAGCGGUGGUUGGACAGGAAAAAUAAGGCGGAGCGUACAAAGAGGAAAAAGGCUGACAACUCCAGGGUCAACAAGAUGGUGGAGAAUGCCUUCGCUGCGGAUCCUCGUAUCAAGAAGUUCAGAGAGGAUGACAAGCACGCGAAGGACGCUAAGAAGAGGGAGAGAGAGGCUGCCGCAAAGGCUGCCGAGGAGCAAGCGAAACGCAAGGCCGAGGAGGAGGCUGCUGCCAAGGAGAAGGAGGAGACCGAAUUCAAAGCGAGGCGGGAGGCCGAGAAGAAGGAGAAGGAGGCCGCGAAGAACGCUAUCCGCAAAGAGAAGAAGACCAUCAAGCGGAUUAUGCGUGACCACAACAACUUCUUGUCCGAGAGUGCCAGCGCCGAAGCCGUUGCAUUCCAGCUUCAGAAGUUGGAUGAGGUAUUGGAGCAUCUGGACACCGCUGCUCUUGAGCAGUUCCGUAUUAAGUUGGAGGCGGCCGUGCCAGGUGGUGCGGAAGACCUUGAGCUCGUUUUGGAUGAGGAGCACCUGCACGUCGUUGAGGCAAAAGAGAACCAACAAGGCGAGGCAAAGUCUGCCCAAGCCGAUGUGAAGAAGGAGGACGAGAGCAAAGUCGCCAAGGUCCCAUGGGCCGUGAAGGAAACUGCCACUCUAAUCAAGGCCGUGAAAAUGUUCCCUGGAGGAACGAUCGACCGAUGGGAGAAAAUUGCCGAGUACAUCAACGAGCACGGUGGUGACGAAAACGAGGACGCCGAGGCGAAAGCCAAGCGUGCACGUACACCCAAGGAAGCCAUUGGCCAAUCCAAGGUGGUUCAAACAGCCCAAGCCGCUGACCGUCAAAAAUUGCAACAGGCCGUAAAGAAGCCCGUCGCAAAGGUCGAGAUUAAGGAGCAGCCCUCCGAGAAGGUCGACGAGACUCCCGCCAAGCCAGCAGCCAAGCCCGCCGCCGCGAAGCCCGCCGUCAACGGAACCGCCGCCGCCGCGCCCGCUUCUCCCACCAUGAUGGCCCCCGCCAACGCCUCCUGGAGCACUGACCAACAGAUCGCUCUCGAGCAGGCUAUGCGCAAGUACCCCGCUGCCCAGUUCAGGGAAACGCCUAACGAGCGAUGGGAGCGGAUCGCUGAGGAGAUUCCUGGAAAGACCAAGAAGGACAUUAAGCAGAGAGUUAAGGAACUCGCUGACAUGGUCAAGAAGAAGAAGACCACCCGCUAAACGGGGAAAAGGAGAGUUACCACACUUUGGCGUAACUCCCUCGCGAGACUCGAGCACCACACCCAUGGAGGUGAAACUUGUCUUCUCUUCCUGCUCCAUCCCGUACACAGAAGAACACACACGCACAUAGAUAGGUAGAAUUUCCCCCACAGGAGUAGCUUCCACUAGGCAUACUUCCCCGGAGCACGUCUCUGGCCGACCCCACCCCAUCAUAUUUUUAUAACGCAGUAUGUAAUGAAGC